AUGGCUCAGAAGUCGGCAAUUAUCUCCGUCUACGACAAGACCGGCCUCCUUGACUUGGCCAAGGGUCUUGUCCAGCAAAAGGUGCGCUUGCUCGCCUCCGGUGGUACGGCCAAGUUGAUUCGGGAGGCUGGCUUCCCUGUUGAGGAUGUCUCCGCCAUCACAAACGCCCCCGAGAUGCUGGGCGGUCGUGUCAAGACCCUCCACCCCGCCGUGCACGGUGGUAUCCUUGCCCGCAACAUCGAGACGGACGAGAAGGACCUUGCUGAGCAGAAGAUCGCCAAGGUGGACUACGUCGUCUGCAACUUGUACCCGUUCAAGGAGACCGUUAAGAAGGUUAACGUGACUAUUGAGGAAGCUGUUGAGGAGAUUGAUAUUGGUGGCGUGACUUUGCUCCGUGCCGCUGCUAAGAACCAUGCCCGUGUGACUAUCCUCUCGGACCCCCAGGACUACCCUGAGUUCCUGAAAGAGCUUGAGGCUGGGGAGAUCAACGACGCUAGCAAGCAGAAGUAUGCUCUGAAGGCUUUUGAGCAGACUGCCGACUAUGACUCUGCCAUCUCGGGCUUCUUCCGCAAGCAGUAUGCUAGUGGUGAGCAGCACUUGACUCUGCGCUACGGUACCAACCCUCACCAGAAGCCUGCUUCUGCCUACGUGCCUCAGGGCAAGCUUCCCUUCACCGUGCGCAAUGGCUCCCCCGGUUACGUUAACUUGCUCGACGCUCUCAAUGCCUGGGCUCUUGUCAAGGAGCUCAAGCAGGCUCUUGGUCUCCCCGCUGCCGCCAGCUUCAAGCACGUCUCGCCCGCUGGUGCUGCGGUCGGUGUUCCCCUGAACGAGGAAGAGCGCAAGGUCUACAUGGUCGACGACAUCGCUGGCAUCGAGUCGUCUGGCCUUGCCCAGGCCUACGCCCGUGCCCGUGGUGCGGACCGUAUGUCCAGCUUCGGUGACAUCCUCGCCCUGAGCGAUGUCGUCGACGUCCCCACCGCCAAGAUCGUCUCCCGCGAGGUCUCUGAUGGUGUCAUCGCCGCCGGCUACACCCCCGAGGCCCUUGAGAUCCUCUCCAAGAAGAAGGGCGGCAAGUACCUCGUCCUCGAGAUGGACGAGACCUACAACCCCCCCGCCGAGGAGACCCGCACUCUCUACGGUGUCCAGCUCACCCAGGCCCGCAACGACGCCGUCAUCUCCCCCCAGAAGACCUUCAACACCAUCAUCACCCCCAAGAACACCGAGUCUCUCCCCGAGUCCGCCCUCCGCGACCUCACCGUCGCCACCCUCGCCCUGAAAUACACCCAGUCCAACUCCGUCUGCUACGCCCUCAACGGACAGGUCGUUGGCCUAGGUGCCGGCCAGCAGAGCCGUAUCCACUGCACUCGUCUUGCCGGCGACAAGACCGACAACUGGUGGAUGCGCUUCCACGAGCGCGUGCUCAACAUCAAGUGGAAGCAGGGCACCAAGCGUGCUGACAAGAGCAACGCCAUCGACCUGCUGUGCUCGGGCCAGACGCCCCGCAACGACGCUGAGAAGGUCGAAUACGAGCGUGUGUUCGCGGAGGUUCCUGCUCCGUUCACCCAGGAGGAGCGCGAUGCUUGGCUCUCGCAGUUGACCAACGUUGCUGUUUCUUCGGAUGCUUUCUUCCCCUUCAUCGACAACGUCUUCCGCGCCGCCCGCUCCGGCGUCAAGUACAUCGCCGCACCCAGCGGUUCGCAGAACGAUGGCCCCGUCUUCGAGACCGCCGAGAAACUUGGUAUCUCGUUCGUCGAGCAGGGUACUCGUCUGUUCCACCACUAA